AUGGGGUGUGGAGAGAAAUGGGUCCGGAGUUCUGAAUCGGAAGAGCAAGGAGAGGAGGAGGAAUCACUGUCGCUCUGCGACUUGCCAGUUAAUUUACUCGCAGAAGAUGAAGAAGAAGAAGCAGAAGAGAAGCCAUUGUUGUCGCCUGAUAAUUCGACGAAUUCGGAAGAUUUCGAUUUCGGGCAAUUACUGGGUAGCUCAAUGGGAUCGAAAUCCUCAAGCUCCGAGAUGUGUGCCGCCGAUGAUAUCUUCUUCCAGGGGCAGAUUCUCCCGUUCCGUCACUCAAUCAGCUCGGAGAGCGGCAGCGGCGUUCACCCGUUCAAGCCUGCCGUCCAACGGCAGGGCAGUUUGAGUGUCAGCAGGUCAAUUUCGCGGUCGGAAUCCAUGGACCGGAGCUCCUCCAGUGGUGGGUUCACCAGAUUCAGCAGCAGGAGUAGCAGCAUCAACAGCCAUUACUCAUCGUCGUCUUCCGCCAGCACCAAUUCCAACUCCAGCUCUGCCCGUCCAAGGAUUGUAAACCGAUUCCACGCGUUCCCGAGUCCGAAACCCCAAAUCCUCAAAACCCCCAACGCUCCGCCGCUGGGAAGCGCCGCGGGGGCCGCGAAUCGGUCGAAGAAAUCGUCAAUUUGGGAAACUCUGAGACUGGGUUUGGUCCGCGCCCCGGAGAUGGAAUUCCAGGAUCUCAAAUCGAGAAGCUCCGUCAGCCGCAACAGCAGCACCGGCAGCAACAAGGCGGAGAAACAGGGGACCGCCGGCAAAAACCCGCCCCCGGCGCCGGCAAAGACGAAGAGAUCGUAUUCUACCGGGAGGCUGCUCGGCGGGUGCGAUUGUACCGUCGGAGCGGUUCAGCCGGUGGCAUUGAACCACGAAAUCAUCGUGGCCGUAAAGGGGAGUAAAAAGAAGCAUCGGGAUGACCGCCGGCGUGAUAAACAGGGCUCCGAGGAAAAGGAAAAGCGGCCGCUAAGGGGAAAGCAAGAGGCGUCACGUCAUCGGACGGUUGAGUGGAUAAAGAAGCUUUCAUCACAUGGUGGCUUUUCUGUCGUGGGAGAUCAUGAGGAAGAUGAGUGA